UUUAGCUUUCGAUCAGAGAGCUCCUCAUCGGAUCCUGGUCUUCAUCAACUGCUCCUAAUUGAAAGGUAGGACAGGGAGUUUCAAAGUACACGCACUACAUGCAUAUAAAAAAAGGUACAAUGUUUAGAGAAGAAUGAUCCCUUUGCGUAUGCCAGAAGGAAUUUUAGAUAAUAUCUAUCAAAUUUCCUGGGCCAUUGAAGCCCUCGAAAAACUUAUUCAGAUCAAUAGACAAUAUAGGCCAGGGAUUAACAAAGGUAAAUAUUGAAAAAAAAGAAAAUGAAUUUAUUGAGGAAAGGCAAACAUUGGUUAAGAAAAUAUCACAUCCUGAGUGACUGAUUCAGUUAAGUUUGUCUGUAUAUGCCAAUGCAUGGGCUCUUAAAAAAAUUAUAGAACUUUGAAAGAUACCGGUGAAAUAAAUCCUUAAUUGUACGAAGGCACUUGCGAAUAGUUGUUUAUCAGAUACAAGGAGAAAAUGUUUGAAAAAGUGUUCGUUUGAGCGCGGAUCACACGCCAUGUUCAUCGAAUAAGUUCUCUCAUUGCCGCGAUAAGUGGCAACGAACUGAUAUGAAUUGACACAACGGAAAUGUUCCUACAAAAUACAACAUACAAAGCAAUACAUUACCAUUCAAUGAGUAUGGUUCAAUUUAGCGAAUCGUUUCCGCGAGCUUAAAUACGGCUCAAAUUGUUUGAGGACAAGGCUUAGUUUGAGUCAGAAUGUCUGAAAACAAGACUGAUGUGAGAACUGCCACGGGGCCCUCUUUGGCCAAUUUCGAGAAUAAACUCUUCUGUGGUGGGUUAGGUGUUACCCCAAAUUAAGAGACUUUUAAAAGUAUGAAUAUUAUGGUUAUGGUUCAGCUUGGUAAAAUUAUGAUUCUGUGCCUGUGAAUAAGCAGUCGAAGACAGGGAUGAAUUUUUAGCCGAAUCUCGACCAAACUCAUCUAAUAAGAUUAGUGAUAAAUGACAAUAUGAAAUUCUUACUAACCGCUGAUAUUUGUAGGUUCUUCAAAAUGUUAUUGAUUUUGAGUGCCAUGAUUUUCGUCUUCGUUCAGGACCGUGUGGUAAGUGACGAGUAAGAGAGUUUUACCUGACCUUAAUUUCAUGACUUUGACUAACAUUACAUGUCUAGUCUCAACAUUUCUUAUUUGCCUUACUGUCACCCGCAUCUGAUAUUUCAGAAUUUAUGUCCGUAAGCCAUUUAAACGAUUUAAGUGAAAUACCUAUCAGUGACCUUUACCAUAUGCAGUUCUCUCUUACAAUGGGUCUUGUAUCACAGGUGUGUGACAGGGAACUUUUCCCUGUUUCCAUGUUCAAAAUGGAUAUUGACGAGAGCCAGCAAAGUGAUCUGCCGGAAAACGACAAGAUUGAGCUCCUUCAAGGAGGAGAAGAUAGUGAAAGGUAGGAGUAGACAGAAAAUGGAGUUUCUGGUGCAUUUUGAGAUCAACCUUGAUUUAAAAGGUAACUCAUAAAUUUAACUUUGACUUCAAGGUUAACUUGAAAUCAACGUUGAUUUCAAAGCACAGUUCUGGCUCAUUUUGGAGACAACCCUGAUUUUAAAGGCAACUCAUGAAGUACAUCAACCUUGAUUUCAGAGUUGACUUGAAGUCAACCAUGAUUUUAAAGGCAGCUCAUGAAUUUAACCUUGAAAUUAACACUGAUUUCAAUCAAAGAGUUCUUGCCAGGAGAAUGGGCUCCUGUUCUUGCACAUUUUGAAAUCAACCUCGAUUUCAAAAGACCAUUUAAAUUUUUCACAAGUGAAUAAUUUCACGCCCUCUUCACAAUGUCUAAAUCUGUACUUUAAAUCUGUACUUUGAAAUCAACCCCGUUUUCAAAUCAUGAAAUAUGAGUUACCUUAAAAAUCAAGGUUGUUCUCAAAAUGCGCCAGAAACCCCAUUUUCAACUACUGUAGGAAUAAAUUCUUACCAACCGAGUGCGAAAGCUGUACCGGGGAAUAUUGAUCCGUGCAAGAGAAUAUGAAUUGGUGGCUUAUUUUCUCUUGGUCUGAGGUCGUAACAGUACCGACCGAGGGGAGUGAGGACCGUCCAAAAACAAACACUUAAAAGUUCGUUUCUCUAAAAUUAAAGCCCAAAAAAUGGAAUGAAACUUAGGUUUGGAUCGUUUAGUACGGUCAUUUUGCUUGGCUUUCUGUCUGUAUUUUUGCAGUAUCCUUCAGUACAACACUGUGGUAUAUUUUGCGUAUUAAUGGAAGAUUGGCUUGUAAAUCCACAGACUCGUGGGAGUCACAGCGGGAGGCGCAGUGAGAGACCCAGUGGAGGCGCAGAGGCCUUAUGGUCAGUGCACUGGACUCCGCGUCGAGAGGCCCGGGUUCGAGAUCUGGCCAAGACUAUGCGUUGUGUUCUUAGAGAAGACACUCUGCUCUCACAGUGCCUCUCUUAAGGGCACACUUAAUUUGGAGCCUCGCUCUAUUGUGUGUUCCACAUCGUCAUGAUGAAAGCGAUUAAAAGAAAAAAGAAACAAAAGAGACAAAAAAAAGACUCGAUCGAACAAUUUUAAGUGAUAACCAUGCCAAAGUCUCCCAAGUAAUCGGCCACUCAGAUCAAUCAUUUCUAAAUGUUGACCAUGAAUAGCCUCCACAUCCCUAAGCCGGAUCAGAUUUAUUUUUAUCAUUAUUAUAACUAUUAUUUUUAUCAUUAUUAUAACUAUUGUUAUCAUAAUUACUACAAAAGAUGAGAUUCAGAUAUUGCACCAAUCAAACGGUAAACAUCUUCAUCAUCAUUAUGACUGGCACAGUUAUUAAACGAGAUGACAGCAAGUAAAUGCAUUCAAGAAAAUUAGUAAAUCUACUAGACAAGAACCAAAAGUUAACUUUGUUCUAUCAAUAACCGGAAAUUGCUUGGAAAAUAAACUCUUGACUUACGAUUUUGUCUCUCUAGCCCUUCGUAAAUGAACACUUGCUGAACAAUUCCGGGCUAAUCAGAUUUACCUCUCCUCAAUACUCUCAGGCGCGCAGUUGGUCCACCAAUCGAUGUUGAUGUUCAGCCGUUGAAAAAUCAAAUUGCUGAUGCUUACGGUUUCCAGAAGGAUCCCAAUAAAGAUCAAUGGAAGAAGCUACCAAGUUUUGAAGGUCAAAUCGGAAAAGGAGGCUGGGCAGCAGCUGCACAGUUAGCAGAGCAAUUCUUCAGAAACAACAACAACCACGCAACACCAUGGCAAAAUUUACUAGCUACACGAACCCCUAUCAACCUCCUUUACAUCACAGCUGCUAGAUACCUUUUUGUAACCCAUGUUCUUUGGGUUCAAAGUAAUAGAAAGUUAAUUGCUUGCAAGGAAACUAGAGACAAAUAUAGCGGCAUUAUCCAAAGCUUCGAGAUCCCUGCAACUGGAGUGUGUUUUCCUUUACCUUAUGGCAGCGCCACCUAUAAGUCAGACUACGACGUCGGGCUCAUCGGAGUAAAUUCUGGAACCCUCACACAGAGCUUUAAUCAGUAUUUUCAAGCCGCCGGCCCGAAUGGAUUUGGCAAACCCUCAGAGCUUGUAUUUGACACAAAUGUUUACGCCUUCACUCUUGAAUUCGCCAUGCCCGCGAUGUUUCUCAAGAUUCCCAAUACGUUUCCUGACAAAGUUGCGAAACUUGAAACAAAAGUGAAGUACAAAAUGCAAGAAUUGGCCAGUGCUUAUUAUAAGAUGUUCAAGUACAACAACAAUUUUUUUCAAGCGUUGACGACGUCAGCUCAAAAUAACAUGCAAGCUGCGCCUUGGCAGCUUCUGAACGAGUGGCUGACAAAGUUCAACAACAUGAACACCGCUGAAAAUUUCAAAAAGGGGGCAAGAACCGACCAAGCCUUCAGACUCGCCCACAAUAAUAAGUACCAAGCGUUUGUGGCGGCCGUAUCACAAAACGGAGGAUAUGAGCCCAGUAUGAUAGGUGAUUAAUGAUUCGUUGAGCUAAAAGUCUUUAAGCUUAUCGACUUGAAAUGUUUCCUUAUUAUGUGUUAAAGUCAGUUUCAGCAUGCCUUUGGUUUUCCUUAGCUAUUAUCUGUGAAACCAGAAACCCACGCCACUCUCUCAACCAUUCAGUCGGAUGCAAAGCCUAAGUAAAGCCCGUUUUGAGUACUUGCGUCCUCCCGCGCUUAAAACAGUUUUCUUGUCUUUAUUUUCAAUGUUUAGUUAUAAUUGCCUCUUGAGAUCUACAAUAACUCAACGGUCGAUUGAUUUGGCUAUAAAAAAAUGAUGGUUAACAAUUGAAACGAAACUACAAAUAUUCCGAGAACAACUUUUUUCAGUUUUCACUAGAAGAAAUACAUUUAGCUCAGUGGUUUAACAGAAAAGGAGUAUUAAAAAACAAAUACCGCGGGCGCUUAUUCAAGGAAUAACUAUGUUGCAUCAUAAGGUUAAACAACAUGCAAUAGUGAGCUAAAAUUAACUUUAAGUAACGACUGACACGAACAAUUCCUGCCUCAACAGACAACGUUGUUAAGGCGUUACUCUACGCCGCAGAGGCAUAUCACACCCGCGGCGCCAUGCGGCAUGUGGUACAGGGUAUGCAGAUGAAGGCGAUCGACAGGGGCAAGUUUAACACACCGCUGUUAACUUAUGACCUGUGGGUGUCCAUGAUCGAAAACUGGGGAGAUGCAAAUAAGGAGUACGCACACUGUGGCCCAAAUGUCCUCAUAGCGGCGUGCUUAAACAAGAUGAGUAAAUACCUGUGGAGGAUGUUCAACGCGAUGCGACUUGUCCGUGUCCGUCUGCCAUCUAGAAGCAGUCAGGGAUUGCUAGCCUUUGGUACAACCGACGACCCUGAAGCUGCUGCGCUGCAAUGGCGGCGAAAUGGCCAAGCUACAGAACCUAAAAGUUAUUACAACUUUUUGAAAAAGUUCCAGUGUAAUGGAAUGGUGAACGUAGCAGCUCAGGCACCCGCCGCUAACCAGCGUCUCUCCAUGGCUUGUAUGACAAGAAUCAACAACGUAGUGGAUGCCUAUAAUGCAAGGCUGGCAGCUCUUGUGACCAACAAGGACGGAGAUGUCAAUGCUUAACAGAGAACUUCUCCCAACAAAGGCAACACAUUAUCAAGCGUACAGAUAGGGAGAUUUCAGGAAAUCGUCAAGAGACUUUACUAACGUCAAUCAAUUAUAAAUCCAAAUUCUAACAAAUAUUUAAUCAGAGAGGAGAAUUUAGAACUAAUCAUAUGUAAGAUGAGCGGCUAUCAUACACCACCAAAACAGUAUAGCGACACUAUUAUAGUUAAUCUUUAACUUGCCCACAUUUAAAGUAUCUACCAUCAAAGUUUAGCUCUCUUUAUUAUCUUAAAGGAGAUAAAGAGGGAUAAAUGCCAAAAUACACUCUUGAAUCUAGAGCAGUUUUUCCUUUCGCUUCGAAUUCCUUUGUCGACCCAGAAAAAUCAACUGAAAACUUGGUCUUGCAUGAAAGUGAAACGAUUUUGGUCUAAACUUGAUUCAAACGUAACUUAAGCGAAUAUAAACGACUAGAAUUCAGGAGUGUAAAUUGUUCUUUGUCAACCUAAGUUAACCUCAUUUAUUCGAAAAAAAAGGUUUAAAAAGCCAACUGUCGUAUUGAACACUUUAAUGUGGAACACCUAAACUGGG